AAUUCAGUCAUGUCGGUGGUAACGUGCGUGAUUGUACUUUGGUUUUGUUCGGCUCAGGCCCUGUUGGAGUUAGGCAUCGAACAUGAGGUGGUGACCAUGGGCAGCGAGACGCAGUUCUACGGCUUUCAACGUAGCGCAUUUAAAGACACCGAAGUUCAAAUCCGUACGUCGUGCAGUCCGGACGAUGAAAGUAGUGGCACCGCAGCUGGUGGCUUCUCGGCAGAGGUCACCGUUCGAAGUACCCCUUGCGCUAAGGAAUAUGUGUCGGUGCUAGGCAGCGAGCAACAACACGUCACCCUGAAAUGGUACGCGAACAAAAGACACACGCUGCCUGAUGGCUUCGACUACAGCUUCGUCUACAUUGGCAAGACCGACAAGGCUUUCGAUAUCAAGUGUAAUAAGGAGCUGUCUCCCGUGCACUCGAAGAUCGACUAUAUGGAAAAGGUGCAGGUAACGAAAGACCCUGACGUCGAGAAUCUACGACGGGCGGAUGAAGCGAUGGACGACGACGACGAUACCGAAAUUGAGGCGCCGCCCAAACACACAGUAGCCAAGGUAUGGUCAAACUCCACCUCGUCCUCCGUCGGCUCCUGGCAGCCGAUAAUCAAACUGCCAGUCGACGCCAUAUACCUAGUAAUCGUCAAGGUGACGCCGCACUUCAGUCAGCCUCACAAUUUUACUAUCGAGGUGCAAUGGAAGGCGACCUACGGCUACCUUGGCGCCAUUGACUGGCCCUUGCUUCCGUUUUAUGGUGUUAUGUGCGGUGUGUACGGAUUUUUCGGCAUCCUGUGGCUAAUCUUCUGCUUUCUUCAGUGGCGGGAUCUGUUGCGCAUCCAGUACUGGAUCGGCGCGGUAAUUUUUCUCGGGAUGUUGGAGAAAACCAUGUUCUAUGCCGAGUACCAGAUAAUGAACACAAAAGGUUAUUCUUAUGACGGUGUCAUCCAAGCGGCCGAGCUCAUCAGUUCUCUGAAGAAGACAGUGUCUCGCAUUUUGGUCAUCAUUGUUAGCAUUGGUUUCGGCGUGGUGAAGCCUCGGCUUGGUUCGACGCUUCACCGCCUGGUCGGCCUUGGCAUCGCGUAUUUCGUUCUGUCGUACGUCGAGAGCAUCUACCGUAUCUCCAAGCUGCCACACGACACCACAAUGGACAAACUAUUGGUCAAGAUUCCGCUGACCCUGAUCGACAUGGUGAUCUGUUACUGGAUUUUCAGCGCGCUGGUCAACACGACGCGUAACCUGCGACUUCGCAGAAAUGAGGUGAAGUUAGCUCUCUACCGCCAUUUUACGAACACGCUGAUCUUCGCUGUCACGGCCAGUCUCAUCUUCAUGUUCUGGUCGUUGGCCGUCUGUGGUUUGUCGACGUGUCUGAGCAACUGGCAGGAUGUAUGGUUGGACGUGGCGUUUUGGCAUAUCCUGUUUUGUUUAAUCUUGUUUGUGAUCAUCAUCCUGUGGCGGCCGACCAAGAACAACCAGCGAUAUGCUUUCAGUCCAUUGCUGGAUAACGAAACAGACGACGAUGACGACGGUACGUUUUCAGCUAUUGUGAUUGCUCAUGAUUACUGUUGUUGUUACGACUGGUAUCUGAGGCGGGCAAGGCUUUGUGCAGUAAAAUUGCCCAGACCGGUGAUAUCUGCCAUGCUGUUUAAAGAUACGCUGUUUAGCGAAGCAUUCACAAAAGACGAUAUGAAGCUGCGAUCCAGUCAGAGAGCACAGAAUCAAGAUAAAAGCUCUACUCAGCCGAAUCUUGAGGACGAGCUUAAAUGGGUCGACGAACACAUACCUACAGCGUUGACCGACAAAGCUCUCCCCGCGCUCCUUGACAGUGAUGAAGAGGCAGAGAAGAAAGCUCUUGAAAUAUCCAAAAUUUUGUAA